GUAGUGUAGUUUGUCCCGCUCCUAUAUAAACCCACUUCACUUCCGUUCGGUCUCUUUUCUUUCCGAGCCUGAAGGAGUCGGGCGUUACUAACUCACCAUGCCCGUUGCCAGGAGUUGGGUUUGUCGCAAGACUUAUGUGACCCCCCGCCGACCCUUUGAGAAGUCCCGUCUCGACCAGGAGCUGAAACUCAUUGGCGAGUAUGGGCUGAGGAACAAGCGUGAGGUGUGGAGGGUGAAGUUCACACUGGCUAAAAUCCGCAAGGCUGCCCGAGAGCUGCUCACCCUGGAUGAGAAGGACCCCAAGCGUCUCUUCGAGGGUAAUGCUCUUCUGAGACGACUGGUGCGUAUCGGUGUGCUGGAUGAGGGUAAGAUGAAGCUGGAUUACAUUCUGGGCCUGAAAGUGGAGGAUUUCUUGGAAAGGAGGCUGCAAACUCAGGUCUUCAAGCUGGGCCUGGCCAAGAGUAUCCACCAUGCCCGUGUCCUCAUCCGCCAGAGGCACAUCCGUGUGCGUAAGCAGGUGGUGAACAUUCCCUCAUUCGUGGUGAGGCUGGACAGUCAGAAGCACAUCGACUUCUCACUGCGCUCACCAUACGGAGGUGGCCGUCCAGGCCGUGUGAAGAGGAAGAACGCCAAGAAGGGCCAGGGAGGUGCUGGUGGUGCUGACGACGAAGAGGAAGAUUAAAUUAAAUGAGUGUGGGAAGGGAGAGGGUGCUCUUAUUCCUUCUAGCAUUUUCAAUAAAAUUGGUUCAUUCCAAGUA